AUAUAUGAAUGGACGGAGGAAAGCCAAGAGACUUAAAUUGAUUAAGAAAAAGAAUUACAUAUAUACAUAGUCGCAUGUGGUGAAAGACGACGACGACGACUGGAUCGGAGUACGUAUUAGAGUUGAAUAAUAAUGGUGAUGAUGUUUGAUCGUCGUCGUCGUCGUCGUCCAAAGUGUACCGCCGCCGCCGUGGCAGUUUCUGUCUUCGGGUUGGUUCUGAUGACGUUGCCGCCGCUGUUGCCGAUACCGGUGCCCCCGCCUCCACCGCCGGCGAUUCUCCUAUUCACCCCACUUCUUAUCAUGGUUUCGCUUGCUUUUUCGGCCGCCAUUUAUCCAAGCCACCCCUAGCUAGCUAGCUAGCUAAUCGGUUAGCCGCCCCGCCCGCAGCUGCCUGCCUGGGCUAGCCCCGGCCCCAACAUUAUACGGCCCUGCAUGUGGGCUCUCUCUCUCUCUAACAGCUCUCUCAGGACACAGUCAUGCACG